AGGCCCGGCGGCGGCGGUUUUGCUUUCCUGCCCGUAGCACCGCUACAACGCUAUCCGCUGCCCGCCUGCCUGCUGCUACGCACCGCCGCUAUCCACAUACCAAGGAAGACGAAACAGAAAAGACUGACCGCAAAGAAGCAGCAGGAAAGCCGUCGGGAGACAAUGGCUCCGGUCGGACGCGCAGUUGGGGGGCUUGUGGUUGUGUGCGCAUGCCUUGCGCCUGCCACUGACGCGUUCUUCACCGGCGUUGCGUUGCCUUCCAGCCGAGCAGGAGCGGCGAGGGGCGGGAACGGAGCUCUUGAAAUGGCCAAGCACAGGCAGAACAAGGGCACCAAAAAGCACGUCAAGAACAGGCCGCGCAAGUCCCGCCUGUCAGACCGGAACCGCAAGCCGACCGACUACUCGAUCGAGGUCAACACGAACGGCAACUUCCCGGGCGCGCCGCCCGUGUUCGAGCUCGAGUCGGAGCCCGAGGAGGGGAUCGACACCAAGGCGUCGGUGAUCGAGGCACUCGCCUCGGCCGAGUGGGACGCGGAGCAGGCGGCCAAGCCGGCUGUAGACGAGAGCAAAGAGAUGGAGGUCAUCAUGGGGGGCGACUGGAAGGUCCUCGAGACAGCUUGAAUGAAGCACACCGCCAUUGUUUUCGUGGAGGAAAUAGCUUUGGGUAGUAAGUUGGUCUGUGACCGCGGAAGGCAGUCGUAUCAGUAGUCGAGUGUUAGUAGGUACCGAGUAGAGAGACCGGAACGACUUUUAUCGUGACGACGAUAGCAAGGGAAAGAACCAGCGGGCCCAGCGACCGAUUGAUUGGUCGAUCGCGGUGUCGUCGCCUCGAUUGUGGCUACUACUAUAUUUUGUCAUCGCUUGAUUUGUUGUCGUCUCGUGUUGGUGGGCGGGGUGGCUAAGCUGCACACCAAAUCCCGUGAACAAUCGGCUCUUUCUGAAUUCGUUCAAGUUGGUCGAGGUGCGAGACGUGGGAAAUCUUUUUGGGUGGGUACCGGGCAAGCUGUGUGGCUGUCGCGACCGCCCAAUGCUGUUGGUCUAGAGUUGGGGCUGCCUGUCGUAUCGUAGGCGGGGGACUUUUGUUACUUUGGUCCCUGCUACCCAUUACCCUAACCGGGGGGACAGGUGGCGUUAGCGCCCCGCGGCUAAGGCUUGUCGAGUUCGCGAAGUAGCCCGCAGGGUUGCCUCACGUGCAGGUAUACGGUCGCCUCACGGGCAGCCUUACAAUCCGUCCUUACAUGAUUGAAUACCGUUGUUCUUGAGAGGCCUAAGCUAGACGGGUAUGCAAGGCCAUCCGCCUUAGGGGUUAGCUGGCGUGUUUUUUUUUCACCCAUAGCAUAGCGUGUGCUUAAGCCUGCAGUCGUAGACGACGGCCGUUGGAGAACCAAGACCUCAGCUUUCCCAAGUGCCCUUUGUUUUGUCCACCUUGCUGUGUUUGUCCCUUCAUGCUCGCGAUAUGUUCGUGCGUGUGUGUGUGGUCCGCAUACGCGAUAACGACAAGUUCGAUCCCUUUCUAGUUCGGUUGUUUGUCCAUCCGGAUGGCUACUGAUCAUGGCGACAGACAUAUGUAAGCCCUCCAUCAUAGACCGAUUCUGAAAGGACCAGAGGCGGGGGCGCAGAAUAUCAUACCAUGGAGGGCGU